AUGGCUCAGCUCACCAACGGAUGUAUGGCCUGCUUUACAGACCACUAUUUUAGACGACCUGUGAAGAAAAUAGUAUUGCUUGUAAGUUGAUAAAUAUUGAAAAGAAUAAUGUAAAGUAUAUAGUAAAGUUUUUGUUUGCUUAUUAAAGAAAAUAUUUCAAAGGACCACAGAGGAUCCUCGAAAAUCAUUGGUGUUUUGUUUCAAAAAUUAGAAAAGUUCGAUUUUAAUUUUUUUUGCAAAAAAACGUCAAACAAUUGGUCUCCAAUUCAAUUUCCCAAUUCGGGAUCAACCUGCUUUAAAUCCCUUCUUCCAUACCACACUCACAUUUUAACCUUCGUUUUCCAGGCCGUUGCGACACGUUACAAAAACAUGAUUCGGGAAAAGUGCAAGACAUUAUGUUUUUCGUGGCCAAGUCUCUGUUUAUUGCGUUACCAUCGUUCCAAAAGCAUAUUCCUUGAUUUCGCUCAAAACGUGGACCAGCUUAAAAUUUUUUUUAUUUAAUAAACCCAAGGAACUUCAACUUAGACUUAAGAGGAAAUGGGAACAUUAAAUGGUUACAACAAUUAGUAUCAAUACUGAAAGGUAAGACACUCAUUAACUUCGAGUUUCCAUGCUCCUCUGCCUUUAUUUUUAGGUUGAAUCAAAAGACGCGGGACACGUUGAUUUAAAAAUAUUUUAAUUUUCAGACUUCCCUGAUGCCACUAUCGAACUCAACUGUAGACCUGAAUUUACAGAAUGGAAAGCAUUGGCAGGAAUGUUAAGAUACCAACGAAUUACUCCAACUGUGUGGUACUGUAGACAAAUAUACUUGUUUAGUUAUUGUAAGAUUGACAAGUUUGUGUAUGAUCCUAAUUGGGCUGAAGAUAAGUACAAUUUCUGUAAGUGUUACCAUAACAAGUCAAAAGUAAAGCCGAGAUUCAAAAGGGCGGAGGGGAUUGGAGAGGCUCCACCCCGUGUUUACAGAGAAUACAUCUUUUAAGAUCAUAGUUAAGAUAAAAUCCAUUAUAUUACAUUCUUGCAGAUUCGAAAGCAUUGGCUGAUAUUCAGAUGAAAUGCCUUUCUUGUCCAAUAGACGUCCUACUCUCGUUUGUACAACAUAAUCAUCAACAUGAAACCGUCGAGGAACUUGAGGUUCCGUGGCUCCUUUAUGAAGAUAGAAUUCAAGAAUUUUCAUUGUUUUGUGCCAACUACAAUAACUCUUUUCCGAAACUGGAAAAGUUUGUUGUUUCCGAACAUUACCGCCAUAAGAAGCUUUUAUUUAAAAAAAAGUCGGCCAAGGCUUAG